AUGCUCAAGCCCUCUCACAAGAGCAAGCGAAAGCUAGUCAAAAAGAUAAAGUCACGUUCGGAUCUAUCGGGUCGCAACCCAAAAUCGAAUAAAAACAAAAAAUGGAAAUUGGAACGAAACGCCUACCCUUUUGCUUCUUCCUUCCAAGGUGGCCUUGGCGUUGCCAACGGGGGUUAUCACUCGGUCUCUCGGGGCGAGACCACGUGUGUUCCCGUACUAGAGCAAAGGAGACAAGGAGGUCAAAUCACCGCUCAGCUCAGUGGCAAUCCUUCGGGGAGCCUUUAUGAAGUUUGGGUUGCAAACUUCCAAGGCUUGCCAAAUUGCAUCAACGCUCAGCUUUGCCGUCCUCAAGCCACAACUCGUAUCGUAACCCAACGGCAGAGCAAACGUGGACUGGAGGCAAUGAUUCGGCAGACGUACAGCCUACUGUGUCAAGAACUGCCCCAGCUCGUUUGCGCUCUUGAAUGUGGCUUUCAGACCGGGUCCGCAACCGUGUUUGAAAAGGCACCAUCGGACCGGCCUCGAUCGUUUGAUAUUUUCGAGUCAGCCGGCCUUUCUGUGCCCGGUGCAGUAAAGUCUUCUGGCCGAUAUGAGCGCAGUAAGCAGACGCUCCUUGUUACAGGCAUGAGUGGCGUUGGUCUCGGUGCCAUUUACGGCGGCAAGAAGCUAGUAAUUUGUGUCCCAGCGCUUACACUAAAUGCAGCGCCCCAGAUCCCGGAGAGCCAGGGUGCAACUGCAAAAUUGACGCGAUUUCCGAGGUCGGAGUUGGCUCCAGGGUACUAA